AGGGUCAUGUUGGGAGGUAUGCCCAUAGUACAGCGGAGUGUGUAGCGUACCAGUGUAUACACUCACUGUAUAGUGGGUUGCUUGUAAUUAAUGACUGACGUGUGCUCCUAGUCCUACAACAGCUGUACUGCCCCCAUCUCGCCGCCGCAGCAGCAUCAGGAGGAGGAGCUGUGGGAGGAGGCAGCACAGAGACAGACACCGCCCGGCCGGGAACACCCGAUAGAGACCUGGGGAGGAUUCCUGACUGAGAUUACCCGACCGACCCUGGGACACAGACGUGACAGGGCGCCCAGGACCGACGGGCCCAAUCCCCACACCGUGACCGGGCCGCUAGGCCCCAUAGAUAGCACAGUGCCUGCAGCUCAUUGCUGACUGCCAGUGAUCAGAUGACGCUGCCCCCUACACCCUGACCUCCCCUGUCACCUUGCCCUGCUCGCUCUUGCUGCCUGUGCCCCUGCACUGGCCCUUACAAUGACGUCUGCCUCCAGGACCCUCCAGCAGUGGUGCUCUCUCCAGUGCCAGGGUUACCCCGACGUCCGGAUCUCUGACCUCAGCUCUUCUUUCCGUGAUGGGCUGGCCUUCUGCGCUCUUAUCCACCGCCACAGACCCGAUCUCAUAGACUUCGAUUCCCUUUCGAAAGAAAAUGUCUUCGAGAACAACCGCCUGGCAUUUCAGGUGGCAGAACAUGAGCUGGGGAUCCCAGCAUUGCUCGAUGCAGAAGACAUGGUGUCUAUGAAAGUGCCAGACCGUCUCAGCAUCAUGACCUAUGUAUCCCAGUACUACAACCAUUUCCGCAACUCCAAUCCAGCUGGAGUUCCGCAGAUAACACAGACCUCCCCAUCGGAAACUGAAAACAGUCAAAAUACAGUUCCCCAGGAAAAUCAGGAUACCACCAAUGCUGCCACAGUUACCACCAAUGCUGCCAGUCGUGCAGCUUUGAGCAGCACCUGUGCCUUAUGCCAGCAACAUGUACACCUUGUACAGAGGUACCUAGUAGAGGGAAAGCUCUACCACCGGCAGUGCUUCAGGUGUAAGGAAUGCUCCAGCACUCUGCUUCCUGGUUCAUACCGUCCUGGUCCUGACACUGGCACAUUUGUGUGUACUCACCACUAUCCGCCUCGGACAGGUAUUAGUAGUCCUGAGUCUGCCGAUGAAAGUUCUGUGCAAAACAAAGUCCAACCCCCUUCCAAGCCGCGCACUCCACCAAAACCUCCACUUCCCAACAAACCUCAGAAAGACCUUGAAGCUGACGGUGUGCCAGAUAACCGACCAGUGCCAACACCUAGGAGGAUAAGUGAUGUGGUCCCUCAGCCUCUACCACGAGCACGGGCAGCAGCUGGGCACAGUCCAGCAAGACCAAUAAGUAUUACUAAUGGUUCACAGCAUGCACUAACUCCACCUGUCCCUAAGCCAAGAGGCAGACAGAAGUCUUCUGAGGGGGAGGAUGAAGGAAGACCUCAUAAAGAUCCCCCUUGGAUUUCCUUGGUGCCUGCCACGGAUGUGAAAAAACGAGCUGCCCCACCACCUCCAUCCACACUACAGAAGCAGGAUGAUGUAGAAAAGAACAACAUGUCAACAGAAGAUAUAGCGAACCACAGUCCAUCACAGUCCAAGCAAUACAACCCUUUUGAGGAAGAGGACGAAGGAGAAGGAAGUGAGAAUACUUUAAAGCCAGGCCAUCCGUGGUAUGGAAUCACCCCAACCAGCAGCCCUAAGGCACACAAAAGGCCAGCACCCAAAGCACCAAAUGCUUCUCCAUUGGCUCAUCACUCUGGUCUUCUAGCCUCCCGCCUUUCACACUCAGAGCCUCCUUCAGGAAGCCCUUCCCCAGCUCUAAGCACAGAGAGCCUUCCCACAGAACCCGCCGCAAGGGGCCACGAGUUAGGGAGUGUUGCGAAAAGUUCCUCUGAGCCAACCAUUCACUCACCCACCACAUCUGGACCACCAAAUCAGGAGAGCCCAGACUUCCUUAGCCAUUCCACAAAUAGCCAUGAUCCCAGUAAUCUAUCCACCAACACCAGCUUCUCCUCAUCCAGCGACCUCGCCAAUACAAGUGAAGUGCAGGGAAGUCUGUCCCCAGCAAAGAGAGACUCUUCCUGUGAUAGUCUGAGGACUAGUCCCUGCCGACCAGCCCCACAACCACCUGAUCCAGACCUAACAACACCUUCUCCAGAAAUCAAACAUAAAGCAAAGGCUCUAUGCAAAGAGAACCCCUUUAACAGAAAGUCCUCCCCAGUUACUUCUCCGACCAACAGGAAGACAAAGAAAGGACCCAAACCGGCACGUCCGCCUGCCCCAGGGCAUGGGUUCCCUCUUAUCAAACGCAAGGUUCAAGCUGAUGACUACAUUCCAGAAGAUGAGAUUCAGAUGGAGAUGGAGGCCAUUGAGUUGCGGCUCGAUGAACUGGAGAGGCGUGGAGUGGAGCUUGAGCACAAGCUGCGCAGGCUGGAGGACGAGACGGACGAGGACAGUUUGUUGGUGGAUUGGUUCAAACUGAUCCAAGAGAAGCACACCCUGGUGCGCAGAGAAUCGGAGCUUGUCUACACCACCAAACAGCAGAGUCUGGAGCAACGUCAGGCGGAUGUGGAGUAUGAGCUUCGCUGCCUCCUGAAUAAACCAGAGAAAGACUGGCUGGACGAAGACAAGGAGCGAGAGCAGGUACUAAUGCAAGAGCUGGUGACUCUCAUUGAGCAGAGAAACGCUAUUGUCAAGUGCCUUGAUGAAGACAGGCAAAGGGAGGAGGAAGAAGACAAGUUAAUAGAAGCAAUGAUCCAAAAGAAAGAUUUUCACACAGAUCCUCAUAAGAAGAAGAAAGGAAAAUUCAAGCACAUGAAGGUUCUCAAGCUCCUUUCUCCAAAACAAGAUGCAAAAGCUAAGAGCCCAAAGGACAAAAACCGAGAGCAAUUGGGUGGGGCCAAGAGGUAGAUCCGGACUGAAGUGUGGAUGGACCACCUAUACCUGUCCAUAAAUGACUAUACUGGCUAUCUCCUGAUGCACAGUACAGGAGUCUGUAUAGAUACAAUAUGACUUGCUGCAAGCCACCUCCAAAAAGUUUAUCCUGCAUUGAAACAUUUAAGUUGACAUAAGUGACCGAUAAGAUGUCAAUUUUCUAGAUCUACUGAAGGGAGUUGCUAACUCAAUGGCUGUGAAAAACCGCGUAUUCACUCAAUAUAUCUCACCACAAUUUAUCAAGUAGUACUUGAAGGCUAGCGAUUCGGCACCAGAUAAUAAUCUGGUGUUAUCUGAGGAUCUUCUGUGCUCUCCAGCAGCUCUUGGGUUCUUAAUCAGUCUGCCCAAGAGUUAAUUAGCACUGCUUAGUUAAUGUUUUUUUUUAUUUUCCAUUGAAAUUGUUAAAUCUUUUCUAUAAUUGCAUAAACAUAUUCAAAUAGUCUGGGUUCCCUGCUUAGGAAAACACUUGCCUAAAUGCAAAAGUCAAAUCUAAUUCUUGUAUUUUUAUAGCAACUUGUUCAUAUGACUCCCAGUCAACUCCUCUGCUUGUAAAAAAAUCUUUUCUGAAAUCAAGAUAGAUCCUUUAGGUCCUGCAGCUGCCAGGAAUUGGUCUUAUAACAGAACUUAGAGAGUUAUCUUUUGCUGCUUAUGCUGGGUGUACAUUAUACAAUUAUCUGGGCAAUCUGCCUAAUAUCUGUGGAUCUCCCAGAUUAUUGCAUUUUGUGUGCGCGCAACCUCUCUGCAAAUAUUGAUCUGUCGAACAUGCCAAAUCGUCCAGGAUGUCCGUCUGAUGCGCUCUUUUAAAGUUGCAAGUUGGCCACAUCAGGCAGUGUAUGUACUGCUGCAGCUGACCAAAGGACAUUUCCCCUGUUGUUUCACAGCGGAGGAACAGGGAAAUGUCUCCACCCAGAGGAGGAACCUAGAUAUCAUGUGGCCAUACACUGGGGCAGAUGUAUUAACCUGGAGAAGGCAUAAGGAAGUGAUAAACCAGUGAUAUGUGCAAGGUGAUAAAGGCACCAGCCAAUCAGAUCCUAACUGUUAAUUUACAUAUUAGAACCGAUUGGCUGGUGCGUUUAUCACCUUGCACUUAUCACUUCCUUAUGCCUUCUCCAGGUUAAUACAUCUUCCCCACUGUGCUAUAUUUCACAGAGGGCAGAUGUAUUAUGCAAGUGCAAGGUGAUAACGCACCAGCCAAUCAGCUCCAAUAUGUAAAUUGAUAGUUAGGAGCUGAUUGGCUGGUGUGUUAUCCCCUUGCACUUAUAACUGCUUUAUCACUUCUCCAGGCUUAAUAAUUAAUGCACAGUGUAUGCCCGUGAUAUCUGCUGGAUGUCAGGCUGUCAGAUAAAAUGUCUGUCUGUCUGCCUGUCAUUACUAAGUAUGGCUUUUAAGGAGAGUCUACUAAUGCCUUUUUAGCAGAGAACACCGUAGAUCAACAUUCCUUACAUUUCUUUACAAACUUUUAACAGAUAUUAUUUAUGAGUUAUUCUUUUUAACCCUUGUGCUACCAGUAUAUGACCAAAUUGAUGAAAAUACAUUAAUUGAAUUGUUCACAUUCCCUUCUGUUCCUUGCGAGACUUUUAUCAUCUAAUAUUUCAUUUUCUGGUGUAUUCUUUAAUAUGACUUGCAGCAAUGGAGCUAUGCAGGAUUAGCCCUAUGCAGCUGGCAGCCACCCAAAAUAAAGAGUACUGUAGGUCCCGAGUGACAGGAUGUAUAGAAGAAACCCAAGCAUUGGUAUAUUGCUUCCCUCCAUGUUUUAAAAUUCCUGCAUUGUCACAAGGUGUUACAGCCUUAAUAGAAACUGUACAACUGUGUGGUUUUACCAAUAAGUGCCACGUUUCAUUUUUACUUUUAUCUCUGUAUUGAGAUUUUUGUUACUAUGUUCUUGCUGUGCCAGAACAAAUCAUGCGGAUUACUGUCUAGCAAAGGCUGCCUAUGUGGAAAUAUUUAUGGCUGUUUUAAUUAUAGGUUAUGGAGCCAAAUGAAUAAUUAAUGUCCUGUAAUGGUAUUUGUAGCAGAUCUGCACAAGGAUGGAUUCUCACUGUGACAGCAAAACAAUUGGCUAAAUGUGAACUUUUGCUCUGUGAGCACAUCAUCUUUAGCCACUAGGAUCUAUGCUUACUAUAUUCCUAUAUCCUCUCCAGUGUUGAUGAUAAAGGGGUUAAUGACCAUUUAAACAUAGAAAAAAAUAAAUAAAAAUCUGACUCCACAGUAUAUUGCAUUUCUCAGAAAACAGACCAAUGCUUGACUAUUAAAUAUGUUUUAAGAGUUGAAAAUGCACCUUUUUUAAACAGGGGAAACUGGUACCUCGAUACUUUGACUAUGUAGUGCCAAACUUAUGUAGUAUGUUCUAAACUAAUAUUAACUUGUCCUAUCUUUGACAAUAGCUGUCCUGGAUGGUAAAGGUUAUCUGUGCCAGUGCCAUUGGUAUGCUAAAGGAAAGUCAUCUGACUUCUUGUCUGCAAUUCCGGCUUUUUAAGUCACUUUGUAAGUGCAACCAAUGGGGCAGAUGUAUUAAGCCUGGGGAAGGCGUAAAGCAGUGAUAAGUUCAAGGUGAUAACGCACCAGGCAAUCGGCUCAUAAAUGUCAAUUUACAUAUUGGAGCUGAUUGGCUGGUGCGUUAUCACCUUGCACUUAUCACUUCUUUAUGCCUUCUUUAAGGGGGGUACACACGGAGAGAUCUGUGCUUAAAAUCUAAGCAAUCUUGCUAGAUUGCUUAGAUUUUAAGCACGGAUCUGCCGUGUGUAUGCCCUCCAGCGAUAGCGAUGCGCGGCCCCGCGCAUCGCUAUCGCCGAUGCUAGAUUGAGCUGCAUGCAGGCUCAAUCUAGCGGGUCGCUCACUUCACCGUUGUGUGAAGUGAGCGGCCCCCCGUCGGCAUUCCCCCUCGCUCAGCACAUCGCGCUGUGCUGAGCGGGGUGAGAGAUGUGUGCUGAGCGGUCUGUGUUAAGAUCGCUCAGCACACAUCUCUCCCGUGAGUACCCCCCUUUAGGAUUAAUACAUCUGCCCCAAUGCUUGAUAUGAUAAACCAUCAUCUCUACUGUCACCGACAGUGUCCAAUGGCGCCCCUGCCUUUCACCACCUUGUGGUUACACACCAAGCCUGGCACGUAUCACUGUUACACUGUUCUUGCUUCGUAGUGCCUGUCUGUGUUUAUUUUUUUAUAAUAAUUAAAUUAUUGCACUGUUUAUAACUGUUUGGAAAAAAACCUUCUGUAUCAGAAUAAAAUAAAGGGGCAAUAUAAUAA